GUAACAGUGAUAUUCGUCCAGUUUCAAGUGACUGUCGAACGAGUCAACAGGAUAGGGCUAAAGAAUGUACGAAUUCGAAGUGCCUGCAUCAAUAAAACAAAAUUUGUCAGCGUAUUAUCGAGCAUAUUUUUGGUUUCGCGAAGAUGAUGCCCAAUCGAUAGUUCAUCAGGGUCGAAAGACCAUCAUGGUCCUGUUUUAUAUUUGUUUCGUUGUGUCCAUAGGCGUCGGCGGUCAAAUAACUGCAGACAAAGAUCAAAGAAUAUUUGUCAGCCUAAUGUCGGUGUUAGCGUCCGUUCAUAAUUACCGGAUUUGGUUGGUUUUGUGGAAGAAGAAGUCAAUAUUGAAAUGCGUCGACAAAAUCGGAAUUUAUUACACAAAAGAUCCGAAGAAAUUUGAUCAGCUAAACAAUUUGUUGAAAUUAUUCAUGAAAUUCGGAGAUUUUUUCACAAUUGUAAUUAAUGUCGGAAUUGUUUCAGUAUCAUUCAUUUACCCGAUUCUGAGUCGGCUCAGCGGCAAAAGGGGUCUGUUUUUCAGCAAUGCAUUUGUUUUCGAUUAUUCCGCCAGUGAUGUUUCAUAUUUGGCUGUAAAUGUAUUCGUUAACAUGGCAAUGUUCCAAACAGCCGUCGUGUGUAGUACAAUUGUACCAAUUGUUUGGUAUUUAUUGCUCAGUCUCGUAUUUAGAUAUCGAAUACUGAGACACCAAUUGAAAAAUUUGGGUAAGACUUUCGCAAUGGAAGACAAUAGUCUCAGUGGUAACACUCAACAAAAACUAUUCAUGAAGGAAUUGCUGAUGGCAAUGCAUGACUACGACAAAAUCAACAGAUUAGUUGACGAGUUCGCAUCGACCUUUUCGGUUAUGUUUUUCCUACAAACAAUGACAAGUGCAAUUUGCCUAUGCGGAUCCAUUUACAACUUGGCAUUUAGUUCACAUAACAACUACCCACAAGAUAUCGGAAGUUGCGUUAUUCUAUCCUUCAUCCUGUUCGAUAUCUUUAUGAUCAUGUAUUUGGGCAAUGAAAUUAUGUUGGGCAGCAAUGACUUGUCGUACUAUUUGUUUCAAUCGAAUUGGUUGGAUCUGACGCCAUCUAACAAGAAAUGCAUUUUGAUUCUGAAGGAACGUUUGAAACGACCGCAGGAAUUACUCGUUGGUAAACUGUAUCCCCUCAAUCUGGACACAUUUACUUCGAUCAUGAAAGGUACAUACAGUGUGUUCAAUAUUCUACUGAAGUUUCGACGGUAAGAAAAUGGAAUCUAUGCAAAAUGUGCCCUUUCAUCACAGUACAAUGAAGAUUAUCACGCAGUUCGCACUCGAGUAUCUAUAUUUCCCAUACUACAAACACACAGUGUAUCACUCAGUAUUACCUAAAUUAACCAAUAAAAAAAUGUUCGAAUAUUGCGUC